AUGACGGGUCACCACUGCUGGGGAUAUGGGGAGGAUGACGGGCCUUCUGAAUGGUACAAGUCCUAUCCUAUUGCUCAGGGAGAUCGUCAGUCACCUAUUGAUAUAGAGUCCACAAAAGCAGUCUAUGACCCUCAUCUGAAGCCUCUCACCAUCUCCUAUGAAUCGAGUACAUCUCUUAGCAUCUCCAACAAUGGCCACUCAGUCAUGGUAGAGUUUGAAGAUGCUGAUGACAAGACAGUGGUCAAAGGAGGGCCACUUGAAGGUUCCUAUCGGCUAAAGCAGUUUCAUUUUCAUUGGGGGCAGAAGCACAGUCGGGGAUCAGAGCAUACAGUUGAUGGCAAACCUUUUCCUGGUGAGCUCCACUUAGUUCAUUGGAACGCCAGAAAAUAUGCAACAUUUGGAGAAGCAGCAGCAGCUCCAGAUGGCUUGGCAGUUGUCGGUGUUUUCUUGGAGACUGGAGAAGAACAUGGUCAUAUGAACAGACUCACUGAUGCUUUUUACAUGGUAAAAUUUAAAGGGACAAAAGCUCAGUUCAGAAGCUUCAAUCCAAAAUGCCUCCUGCCCUUCAGCCUAGAUUAUUGGACCUACCCUGGUUCUCUGACAACACCUCCUCUAAAUGAGAGUGUAACAUGGAUAGUGAUGAAAGAGCCUAUCAGGAUUUCUGAGAAACAGCUGGGGAAAUUCCGAACCCUUCUCUUCACCAGUGAGGAAGACCAGAAGAUCCAGAUGGUGAAUAAUUUUCGCCUCCCUCAGCCUCUGAAGGAGAGAACAAUUCAAGCUUCCUUCAAGGCUUGAAAAAGAAAAUUAAUAUUGAGCCUCAGCAAUCCAAGUGCUUCCAUGUUCAAAAAACCAGAAAAGACCUGUGGUCUUCAGAUAUUACUGUAUCAUUCCCUGGCCACCUCACGUUUUAGUGCAGAAAAACAAAUCAGUACCUCUUGGUUUAACACUUUACAUGGGCCAGAUUUAUUCUUUUAAAAAAUAUCAUGGGAUCUUGUUUACUAAUGAAAGGACAUUUUUAAGAAACUGGGAUAUUUUAGUAAUCCCAGGUGCUCUCCAGAAGAAUGGUGUGCUGAAAUUCUACAGAAUUAUUAAAUGCAAUUUUAUGUUUUUAACUGAGUAUUUUAGAAUGAGAAAUUGCUUGUGAUGGGCAAAACUUUUAAUAAUAGAGCUGUUAUCAACGACUGUAGAAAAGCCACUAAGCUAUGAUAGGAAAAGUUCAGUAACAGUCAUGUGCUGUAAUGACAAGGAAAUCAGAUGCUUCUGCCUUCCACUGAUUUCCUUUGGAAUCUGUCCUAUUUGUCCAAUUACUCUCAUUCUGAAAAUUCCCUGAUCAUAUUUUCAUUGACUACUAUCGCCUUUUCACAUCUGUGAGCAGAAAGACUAAACCAGUAGCAGUACGAAUUAUGUCAUUUUCUCCAUUCAUUUCAGGUGGACAUGAAUUUCACGACUCCUAAAUAUUUGGAUGUUAUUAUGUUGUUAGCUUAUGUCGUGUUAUAAAUGUACUCAGCACCCCAUGAGCAAACCAUUUCACUGCAGAUCACUGCAUCAAGCAUUUUUCCAAAGCCCUCGGACCAUGGGGACAUA